AUGAAUUUGCCUCUUUGCUCUGUCUUUCUUAUCGACCCACACAUCUCUCCCACGGACAAAUAUUUAUCUGAGCUCAGGUCAAUAUUUGGACAAGUGACUGUUGCAACAGACCGAGAUCUAUUUGAUCUACUAACCCAAUAUCCAACUCUUCAUUUACCAAUCCUGGUCCUCGUCUUUACCGAGAAACCCCAAGACAGCGGCUUCCAACUGCUUCGAACUAUUUCAACAAAUCAUUCUGCUAAUGGAAUUAUACCGAUUGCUUGCUCUACUUGCGAUUCACCUCCUUUUAUAUUCGAGUGCAUCAACCAAGGAGCCAGAGACUUUAUCAUCAAACCAUUUGGAAAAGAUGCGACAAAAACAUUAUUUUUGAACAUUCAUCGAUACAAGACAUUAGAAAAAUCAUAUUCACAAAACGGUACCACUCCAACUACUCCAACUACUCCAACAAACAUACAACAUCAUACACCUCCUUUUCCCAACUUUCCUACUACAAUUAACACUAAUACUAAUAGCAAUAACAUUAUCCCUACCACUACUACUUCCUCUAAUAACAACCAUCCCAACGACAACAACAAAUCUGGGUCUUUUUCUCCUAAUCACCUUCAUUCUCAACUAAGUCAUCUCGCCCAACACAGCCAUUCCAAUCGCAAACACCAAUCAUGGCACCACAGUUCUCGAUUGUCUCAGCUGAAUGGAAAGCAACAACAACAACAACAACAACAACAACAACAACAACAACAAUAA